AUGGAAGGGAAGAUUGAGAAGAGUCAAACAGCCAAUGUAGAUGAGAGGAUCCAUGACAUGGAAAUGGUCCAGGACAAAAGCCAAGAAACUAAUGAGAAAGAAAACAACACCCAUAUAGCUCAACAAACCCAACAAGAAUUACAUAUUGAACCAACCAGUCAAGAAGAUGUAGUCCUUGCUUCUUCUGUUGAGAUGAAGAGGAAGAAGAAGAAGGCCUUGUUGGAAUUCAGGUGCAGGGUUGAGGAUUCCAUUCUGGGGAAUUAUCUUCUGGGAAAACCCUGCAAGAAUCUGUCCACAAAAGAAAAAUCAAAAUUGAGGGAUCAACUCAAAGAGAUAACCCUCUGGGGUGUGCCAUUGUUGCCAAGUAAAUGCCAUGAAGGCACAGAUAUUCUUCUCUUGAAAUUCUUGAAAGCAAAAGAUUUUAAGGUCCAUGAGGCAUUUGAAAUGCUUCGAAAGACCCUAGAAUGGCGGAAGGAAUACAAUACGGAUUCAAUUCUUGAAGAGGAUUUGGAUCCUGAUAUUGAAAAGGUGAUGUUCAUGGAUACUCAAGACAGACAAGGCCACCCAUUGUAUUACAACAUAUAUGGUGCUCUCAAGGACAAGAAGUUGUACAAGAAACUGUUUGGGACAGAAGAGAAAUGUGAGAGGUUCUUGAGACUGAGAGUCCAAUUCAUGGAAUUGGGUAUCAAGAAACUCAAUUUCAAAGCUGGAGGACCAGACUCCAUUGUUCAGAUAACGGAUUUGAAGAACUCACCAGGUCCAGGCAUGAAGGAGCUACGGUCCAUUAGCAAGAAAGCCCUGAUUGUGCUUCAAGAUAACUAUCCUGAACUCAUUCACAAGAAUAUACUGAUAAAUGUUCCAUUCUGGUACUACGCGAGCCACACGCUAACUUCACGACUCAUAACUCAAAGAGCUAACAGCAAAUUUGUGUUUGCUAGGCCAUCAAAGGUUACAAAGACCCUUCUCAAGUACAUAUCCCCGGAGAACCUUCCUGUUGAAUAUGGUGGUCUGAAGAGAGAAAAUGAUGAGGACUUUUUUCCUGAGGACAAAGCUUCUGAGCUUAUCAUCAGAAAAAGUUCAGCAGGGUGUAUCCAAAUUCCUGUCACUGAGGUUGGAAUAACAAUGGUUUGGGAUGUGACACUGGUUGGAUGGGAUGUGUCAUACAAGGAAGUAUUUGUGCCGGACGAUGAAGGAUCAUACACGGUGCACUUCCAAAAUGAUAAAGAGAAGAAAAUGGGCGAGAGUAUUCGGAACUCAUUUUACAUAAAUGAACCAGGAAAGAUUGUCGUAACCAUUGACAAUGCAAGUUUCAAGAAGAAAAGGGUUUUCUAUAGAUAUAAAGCCAAACCAACACUGCCAAUGUAUAUUUUCAUCAAGGAGUGAUACUAAUUUGCUUGAAUCACUUUCAUUUAUCUUGAGUGGAAAACAAAUAAUGGCUUAUAAGAUUGUUCAAUUUUGUACAUAGCUUCUCUUGAAGCAAUAAUGCGUUGAUCUAAUUGCCAUCGGAGCCACAAAGGACUAUCUAAAUCGAUUCUUUUCUGCCGAUAAGCUCCAAUUGCAUGGUAGGAAUUACAAAAAAAAA